GCGGUACGAACAGCCGGUGGAGCUUCCGCUUCGUGCCGUUCUUUGCGUUGCGCUCUUCACCUGAAUGCUGAGUUCUGCUCGUGGAACAGAGUGAACAGACUGAACAGACGCGCUCAUCUUCCUCUUUUUUCCAUUAUUUUUCUUUUAUUUUCCGUUUUUAAUCAUUUUGUGAGUCGCUUCUUCUGUUGAAUCUGUCUUUAUGCGUCCACUCAGUGAGCGUUACUUCUAUAAGCAGAGUAAAAUAUUAUACAAAUUUAAACAUAAAUGAUAAGACGAUAUAUAAUAUAGCAAGACAAGCGAAGAAGAAAAAGAAAAAUCAACAUUACAUAAGCAGGGACCGAUGCUGAGACAAGCGAGGAAAAGAGAAGAAAACAGAAAGGAAAAUUAAAAAGCAAAGCCGAUGCCUGCCGAUGACACCAUGCCCACGGUGGACGAGCUCGCGGCUGCUUUUCCCGCAGCUACUCAUCUCUCUGCCAGCGGUGUAUACAAGGCCUGGCAUGACAACAUCAGCCAGGAUCUACGCGACCACUUAGUGCACAAGCUUGUUCAAGCCAUAUUCCCAGCCCCAAAGCCAGAAGCACUGGAGGACCCACGGAUGAUGAACCUGGUGACCUAUGCCCGUAAGGUCGAAGGGGACAUUUUUGAGGCGGCAAACAGCAGGGACGAGUACUACCAUUUGCUGGCUGAGAAGAUCUACAAGAUCCAGAAGGAGCUGGAGGAGAAGCGGAGAUCUCGGAAUCAGAACUGGGUUCACAAGGAAUGAAGCAGCCUCUGCCAUGAGUCACCCUGCACCAAUGAACAAGGCCUCCAUUCGCACAGUGAGGCACCCAGGACCAUGCUGGACACUGAGGGCACUGCUGUCCUGGUCCUGGAACUAGUCCAGUCCAGGUAUAAAUAAUAUGAAUUAUAUUAAUAGUUAUAGCUGCAGAGGGAACCACCGUUCAGGAUAUAUAGGCUGCUUCAGUGGACAAAUGCAGUUGUGACUAAGUCGUCCUGUGUCCCCUUCUCUUCUGAUGUAUAUGUGUGUGUGUUUCACGUUGACAGUUUAUGGUUGAACACAAAAUCACUUUUUCCUCUAAAUCAGUCUUUAACAGCUUAAUAAUUCAAGGUCAUACGUUUUAUUCGUGGGUUACAUUCUAUACAGACAUUUUGGAUAGUUUCAUUGAAAUGUAACCGUUUUAAAUGAAAAUCAAGUGAAAAUAAAAUUUCCACAAAUCCAAGUUCAGUGCCAGAUGUGAACGGUUUAUGUCAAACAUUGUGCAGCAUUAGUCAUCUUGUCCUUUUAACAGCACUGAAUUAGAAAUUUGAUUUAGUAUAAGGUCUCAUUAUAUUAAUGAAGUAUUAAUCUUCCAUAUUAAUGUUUCUCAUAGCUAUUAACACAAGCUCUCAUCAUAACUUUACUAUCUAUGAAAUCCUUAAUUUCUUAAUGAAACAGACACUUUAAAUGUUGUAAGUCUUGCACUGCUGUCUCCUUCGGGAGCAUUUUACUAAAUCUGUUUGCUAGACAGGAAAGACGUUGGUUUUAGUAAUUUUAGAAGAUGGCUGUGUUCAUUCUUAAUUGCACUUUCUUCAAUCUGGAAAAUGCUUGUGUCUUUCAAAAUUUGUAUCUUGACCAUUUGUAAUACAGGGA